AUGGGAGGAAACAAGCGCAAGCGCACAGAGGCUGGAUGCUCAGAUGACGAAGAUCCGGUAAAGAAAAGCUCAGAUGUGAAUAGCUUUGGCGUUGCUCAAACACUCUCGCUCCUAAACUCGGGCAAGGCAAAGUCUCAGAACGGUAUCGACUCGGAAGAACCUGGGAAGGCGCAGGAUGAUAUGCCCAAGGAAAGAGCUUCGAAGAAGAAGCGCGUGGACGGGGAGAAGACAAAAUACCCCGUUCUUACCUAUGUCGAAGGCAAAUUGCAGUCAUCCAUCCGAAUUGCUGAUCUCCAGAGUCUGCUACUCUACUGCUUUGCUGAUGGCGUCGCGCCGCAGUGGAUCUCAGUCAAGCACUCCGGUCAUGUUAGGAAGAUUGUCGUGCUGAUGGUGCCCGGUCUGGAACUGGGCAUGUUUGACGGAUCACUUCCUCUGGAUGCGGACUCCGUCAGUGAAAAGGACACAGAAGAACCUGCCGGUACGGACAAGGCGAUGGAUGUGGAUACAAAAGCGGAGGACUUUGCGCGCUGGAAGCAAGGUCUGCCGCUGGAGGACCGGUCACAUCGGUUCAAUCCUCGCCCUCUUUCGCGCGGUGACCUUCCGGCACCCCUACAGCCGCUAGCGGAUAUGUUCCCUCACGCCUGGCCCGUAAAAGCCCCCGGUGAUUCCAAGUACAACAAGAUCCACUCUCCACUUCAAGCCAUACUUCUAUCUGCUCUACCGAAGGGCAAGGAUAGUAAUACGAAGGGAGUAAAACCUCCCAAGGUGGAUAAGAGUAUCGCCUUCCAGCGUACACCGAUCACCACUUUCAUUAGCUCUCUGGAAGAUCUCCGGGAGAACGACUAUGUGCUUCAUCCGGCUCUGCUCGCCACAGAACAAGAAAAGUCGACUUUGUUGGAGAAUCGCAAGCGGGCCGGACAUUCCAAGGAAGAUGGGUGGGUAGAUACUCACGUCGAGAGCUUGGAGGCUGGACAGGUACCAGACUCUGAAAUCCAGCAAGGCAGCAUGACCGCAGGUCGGGAUGUGCUAGCGUUGGAUUGCGAGAUGUGUAUCACCGAAGGGGGCCAAUCCGAGCUCACGCGCAUCAGCAUGGUCCGGUGGGAUGGUGAAGUUGUACUAGAUGAGCUGGUGAAACCCCAGCGACCUAUCAUCGAUUAUUUGACUCGUUUCUCUGGUAUCACGAAAGAGUUGCUCGAUCCCGUCACUACCACUCUUGCCGACAUCCAGCAGAAGCUACUCUCUCUCCUUACUCCUCGUACCAUCAUUGUCGGCCACUCCCUGAAUUCCGAUUUCAACGCCCUGAAACUCACUCACCCAUUUAUUGUCGACACCACCUUUAUCUACCCCCAUCCCCGCGGACCGCCGCUCAAGUGCAGUUUGAGAUGGCUCACCCAGAAGUAUCUCGGAAAAGAAAUCCAGAAGGGCCAGACAGGCCACGACUCGAUCGAAGAUGCGCGCGCUGUUCUCGAACUCGUGAAGCAGAAGUGCGAAAAGGGUGAGCGCUGGGGCACUAGUGAGGCAUCGAACGAGAGUAUCUUCAAGCGUCUGGCACGCUCCAUGCGUUCCGGGAAAGCGUCUACCAACGAAGGCCGCACCGGAGCUGUUGUCGACUGGGGCAACCCGGAGCGCGGCUUCGGGUCGCAGGCGACUACAUCGAUAGGAUGCAGCAACGACACCGACGUUGUAAACGGCGUUUCCAAGGUAGUCAACGGCGACGACAGCAACCCCUCCAUUCCCGGAGGCGGUGUUGACUUCACUUGGGCCAGAUUGCGCGAACUCGAAGUUUAUCGCGGCUGGUGCAAUCGGAUGCCCGACCCCAACAACGCGAACGAGUCGACGACGCUCGUUCCCCCUCCUGAAGAAACGACUCCGACAUCCGCCGCCGUCUCCCCCACGAAAGAAGCCACUCGGAACCUCGCCGACACCGUCUCCCGCACCGUCUCCAACAUCCACCAAAUCUACCAAUCCCUCCCCCCUUGCACGUUAUUCCUCGUCUACUCCGGCACCGGAGACCCUCGCGAAGUCAGCCGCCUCCAAGCCAUGCACAAGACCUUCCGCGAAGAAUUCAACUCCCGCAAACCGUGGGAUGAAUUGACCGUUAAAUGGACCGAUACUGAGGAACAGGCGCUUAAGAAGGCCUGUGAGCGAGCCAGAGAAGGCUGCGGGUUUAUGUGUGUGAAACCGGGUUCAAGAUACAGGUCCUGGUGGUUUGGCUCGCUUGUCACGAAUGCCUUUCGGGGCUUCUUACGGAAAUUCCCCAUGCUUUGA